CCUGGAUUCCUCGGGUGCUGAACGUGCUUUCGGCGGGCCCUGGAGCGGUAUCAGCCAUGUCUCCAAAGAAGAGGAAGCGGAAAGCGCUCAGGGGAGCGGAACUUGAAAACAAUGAAGAGGACAAUGGAGCGGAAUCUCCUGGCUUGACGAAUGAUGCGAGGGUCCUGGUGGAAACAUCGCCUGCGGAGAAGGUGACAGAAGGAGAUGCUGGAAGUGUUGGCACCGGGGCCCUGGCAGAGGCGGUGAGGCAAGCCCGGGCCAGAACGGCACCGUCUGUUGCAGAGUUCAAGUACAACAAGCAACGAGUCCGCUUGGUUUCACAGGAGCCUGAGCUCAAGGAAGGGGGGCUCGGCAUCUUGUACUGGAUGUCUCGAGAUCAGAGAGUGCAAGAUAACUGGGCCUUUCUGUACGCCCAGCGUCUGGCCUUGAAGCAGAAGCUGCCGCUGCACGUCUGUUUCUGCCUGGUGCCCAAGUUCCUGGAGGCCACCAUCCGCCAUUUUGGCUUCCUGCUCCGAGGCCUGAAGGAAGUAGCUGAGGAGUGCCAGGAACUAAACAUACCCUUCCACCUGCUCACUGGAGUUGCCAAAGAUGUGCUGCCCCCCUUUGUAUCAAAGCACAGCAUUGGCGGGGUAGUGACCGAUUUUGCACCACUCCGUGUUCCCACCCAGUGGGUGCAAGAUGUCCGGGAGAGACUGCCGCCGGAUGUGCCCUUUGCUCAGGUUGAUGCGCACAACAUCGUGCCUUGCUGGGUGGCCUCUGACAAGCAGGAGUACGGCGCCAGGACGAUUCGGCGCAAGAUUCAUGACCGACUAGCAGAGUUUCUGACCGAAUUCCCCCCGGUCAUCAGGCACCCUUAUCCCAGCAGCAUCCGGGCAGAGGACGUCGAUUGGGACGCUUGCUUUGCCAGCCUGAAGGUCGACUGCUCUGUCAAGGAGGUGGGCUGGGCCAAGCCGGGCACAGCCGCCGGCCUGGCGAUGCUGGAAGAGUUCAUGGAGGAGAGGCUGAAGUCCUUCGGUGCGGAAAGGAACGAUCCAAACAAGGCCGCUCUGAGCAACCUCUCGCCCUGGUUCCACUUUGGUCAGAUCGCUGUCCAGAGAGCCAUCUUGGAGGUCUCCAAGCACCGCCGCAGAUACAAGGAAUCAGUGGAAGCUUUCGUGGAGGAGGCCGUGGUGCGCCGAGAGUUGGCGGACAACUUCUGCUUCUAUAACCCGAACUACGAUCAGGUCGAAGGUGCUCCCGCCUGGGCCCAAACCAGCCUGGCGCUGCAUGCCAAGGACAAGAGGACUCACCUGUACACGCUGAAGCAGCUGGAGGAAGGGAAGACGCAUGACCCUCUCUGGAAUGCUGCGCAGCUCCAGAUGGUCCAUGAAGGGAAGAUGCACGGCUUCUUACGGAUGUACUGGGCCAAGAAGAUCCUGGAGUGGACCAGCUCUCCCGAAGAGGCCUUGAAAUUCAGCAUCUACCUCAACGACCGCUACGAACUGGACGGCAGGGACCCCAACGGAUACGUGGGCUGCAUGUGGUCCAUUUGCGGGGUCCACGACCAAGGCUGGGCCGAACGGGCCGUCUUCGGCAAGAUCCGCUACAUGAACUAUGCCGGCUGCAAGAGGAAGUUCGACGUCCCCCGGUUUGAGUGCAAGUACAGCCCUCAGAAACUCUCCUAGCAGCCUUCCCAUUCUCCCCCACCUCCCGGGGUCUUCAAAACCUAGGCAACUACUAAGGGUGAAGAGGCUGCAUAUAGGAGAUUGUGAGCCGCUCUGAGUCUCUGAUUCAGAGAGAAGGGCGGGGUAUAAAUCUGCCCCCACCUCACAGGGUGUCUGUUGUGGGGGGAGAAGAUAGAGGAGAUUGUGAGCCGCUCUGAGUCUCUGAUUCAGGGAGAAGGGUGGGGUAUAAAUCUGCCCCCACCUCACAGGGUGUCUGUUGUGGGGGGAGAAGAUAUGGGAGAUUGUAAGCCGCUCUGAGUCUCUGAUUCCGAGAGAAGGGCGGGGUGCAAAUCUGCAAUUCUUCUCCUCCUCCUCCUCUGCAUAUUAGGCCACACACCCCCUGAUGCAGCCAAUCCUCCUGGAGCUUGCAUGGUUCUUAUUGCAGGGCCCACUGUAAGCUCUUGGCUACAUCAGAGGGGUGUGGCCUAAUAUGCAAAGGUGUUCCUGCUUCAGAAAGAACCCUGGACGUAUCCCCACCCCCACAAGAAGCCACUGACUCUGGAAGCUGCUUUGAAUUUGACAUGCAUUGAAGGCUUCCGCUGGGGGGAGCGUGCCCAUUUCUCUGCCGGAGGUUAAGCCGCCGGGUUUCUCUUCCAUUCUGCAUUUUCCCACCAUGGUCACCUUGGCCUCUCUGCAGACAUUUGCUUGGGAAAGGGUGAUGGUAAAAGGAAGCUACAGCCAAAGAGCUUUCCAGCUCUGGGGCUCUGGAUGCGAAGUUAGGAGCAAGGACGCGUGCUCUGCGUCUUGUGGAUAGGGGCCAGCAGCUAGGGAUGCUUACCUUUUUAAUAGCAAAAUCACCUUGCGGAACCCCGUCUGCUUAAUCCUAAAGCGAAGGGAUGAGCCGACGGCUUCUACUGCAGGGCGACCGUCGAGGGUUGUUGCAAUCUUCAUCUCCUGCCAACUAGUUUUCUAAUGGCUGUUACAGCAUCGCGAAAUAAAGCUCUUUUUUUGCAA